AUGUUUGGCGAGAUCGAUUACUCUUUGCCCAAUCCACAUGGCUUAUCAUCGCAAAUUUCAUCUCGGUUUUUACCAAGUCCAUCAUUGUUUGAUACAUCUCAACAAUCUUAUUAUUCGCCGAAUUUCUUUUGGAGUUAUUAUUCUAUUGAUUUAUUUAAUAGCAAUCUAAAUAAUAUGCCAUCAUUUAUCAACAACGAAACAACAUAUCUUAACGCAAAUUUAUCAACAAAUAUAUCUAUCAAUUCCCAACAAAGCUCAUCUCCAGAUGAUGAAGCACCUGAUCAUUUGCUUUACAUUAUUAUCCCACUUUAUUCAAUUGUUUUUGUUAUUGGUACCAUUGGUAAUAUUCUAGUUAUAUUAACUGUUGUAACAGUUAAACAAAUGCGUAAUACAACAAAUGCACUUAUUUUACAUCUAGCUAUUGCAAACUUAUCCUUUGUACUAAUGUGUAUACCUCAUACAAUAUACUUAUAUGUUGUUCAUUCAUAUUAUUUUCCAAAACUUCUAUGUAAAAUAGCGAAUACAUUAAUGUAUUUGAGUGCAUAUGUUAGUAUAUAUAUUCUUGUUUUGAUGUCAAUCGAUCGAUUUCUCGGUGUCGUCUUUGCUGUUAAAUCAACAAAAUAUCGAACUGAACGUAAUGCACAUUUGGCAGUUGUUGUUGUUUGGUUACUUGGUAUUAUUUUUGCUUCACCAAAUAUGAUCUAUUAUGAUGUAUUACUUGUUGAUUCAACCAAAGACGUUUGGAUAUGUUUAUUUCGUGACGAUAGCUCACUAUUAAACACGACUCGACGUGUUACAGCGUAUAUAUUCGCUGUAUUUGGUUUAAUUGUACCAUUAAUCAUCAUUGCUAUUCUUUAUGGUCUUAUUAUAAAAGUUUUACGUGAAAAUUCAACUGGUAAACAAGUAGCUAAAGGUAAAAAACGUGUAACAAAAAUGAUUUCAGCUGUUAUAUCAUCAUUUGUUAUAUGUUGGACACCGAUGCAAAUAUAUCUAUUAUAUACACAUCACAAUCAAGUAACAAUAUUAUUUGCUAUUGUUUCACAAAGUCUUGUUUAUAUAUCGGCAUGUGUUAAUCCAAUAUUAUAUGCGUUUUUAUCUGAACCAUUUCGUAAAGCAUUUCAACAAUUUUUAACUUGUUCAAAAUUGAUUUCAAAUCAUUUAUUUUCACAUCAUGAAAACGAAACAAAUAUCGCGGGUAGAAGCUCAUCAUAUCGUACUAUACAAUGUCAUUCGGUGUCAAACAUUUCACCGAUGAUAUUAAAUGAAGAUAUUAAAAUAAAAACGAAACCUAUAAUUAACCAUAACUACAAAAUGAUGGAUUUAAGUUCAGCUGUAACAACCACAACACAAAUAUCUGAAACUGUUAAAUAUGAUCAAUUAUCCAGUGCAAAUAUUUCUACGUAG